AUGGCGGAUACGAAUGAGGACGAAGCGACACAACAAGAACAACUGAAAACUAUGAUUUCGGAAGAGGUUGGAAAGGCAAUCCAGGCCAAUAUUCCUCGAUUAGCCCAAGAAUUGGAAAGUCAUGUCUUAGAGGUGGUAGAAACGAUGAUGGCAAGUAAGAUGGACAAGUUGAAAGGGAAGAUUGAUGAAAUACAAGGAAAGAAGAGGGCUCGCAAAUGCACAUACAAGGAAUUUAUGGCGUGCAAUCCUUUACCCUAUAAAGGAGAGAUUGACCCUAUAGCAUGUCAAAGGUGGAUCGCAAGUAUGGAGGCGGUGUUUUUAAGGAGCCACUGUGAAAAGGAAAACCAAGUAAUGUUUGCCACCGGUUGUUUACAACUCCAAGCUAAAGACUGGUGGGAUGCUUAUAGUAAAGAAAUUGGUGAAGAUAGGGUUCAAGUCUUGACAUGGCAAGAGUUCAAGGAAACUUUCCUAAAGUACCAUUGUCCGCAAUCUGCCAUUGACAGGAUCCAAGAAGAUUUCUUACAUCUUCGACAGAAAGACGAAACCAUUGAUGAAAUAACCAACACUUUUCUUGACAAGCUGAAAUUCUGUAAAGAAAUAGCGGGAACGGAAAGAAUGAGGAUAAACCACUAUCAUGGUAUGUUGAAGGCCAAAUAUCAGGAGUUCAUAACUCCCGCUAAAUGUGAAACCUUGAACGAGCUCAUUAAUUUGGCCCGAGAUAGGGAGAUUGAACUAAGAAGACAAGCAGAAAGAGGUGAGAAAAGAGUGUCUGAGAAUGUUCCCAGCUCAAGCCCGUCAAAGAAACAGAAAUUUCAAGAUCAUAGCAAGAAGGAUAAGGCGAAAGGUAGCAUUCCGAAAUGCAAGACUUGUGGAAAGUUACACACGGGGGAGUGCUUGAAGGGGAAGAAGGGUUGUUACAAUUGUGGUCAAGGGGGACAUCCAUACUAUAGAUGUCCUAAUCCUACCAGAACGUGCUAUAACUGUUUCCAACCGGGUCAUAUUAAGGAUGAAUGUCCCAAGCUUCAACAGAAAACCAAUAAGGAAACAAGAAAGGAGGAAGCCCCAAGAGCUAAGGGGAGGAUGUUUCAGAUCUCGACUGAAGAAGCAAAGGACCACCCGAAUGUUGUGUCAGGUAUACUAUUAUUGAUCUUGAUGCCUACGUACGUGUUAUUUGAUACUAGAGCCAGUAGAUCGUUUGUGUCAAGUGAAUUAGUGUCACACCCCUCUUUUAGAAUCGAAAGAAUGCAUGUGCCACUAGAAGUAGAGAUAACAGAUAGUAAGAGUUAUUUGUUGCACAAAGUUUGUAGAGAUUGUGAAAUUGUCGUUGAAGAUGAGAAGUUUGCCAUUGACCUUAUUCCCAUGGUAUUGGGAGAAUUCAAGGUUGUAGUUGGCAUGGAUUGGCUAGCCAAACAUCAUGCCGAAAUUCAAUGCGAGAAAAAGGUAAUCCAUGUGUUAACACCAGGAGGAAAACGAGUGAGUAUACAAGGGGAAAGGAUUGUUAAUUCGAAGCUUUGUUCCAUAGUCCAAGCAUUCAAGUAUGUGCGAAAUGGAAGUAAUGCAUUUCUAACUUACGUGAUAGAUACUAACCAGAAUACCCCCAAGAUAUAG